CCGGUGGGCGGGGUCGGCGGCGGGGGCGUUCUCCCCUUGGUAGCCUGGAUCCCGGCAGGUCUUACCGCUACUGGUGCUGGAAGGUGAUCCGGAAACAUGGGCUGGCCUCAGGGUUUGUUCCGCGUCUUGUGGCGAGCACUGUCGAAGGAAGUGAAGGAGCAAGUGGGCACAGACCGGUUCGGGAACAAAUACUACUAUAUCCCGGAGCACAAGAACUGGAGAGGACAAACUGUUCGAGAGAAAAGAAUUGUGGAAGCAUCAAAUAAAAGAGAAAUAGACUAUGAAGUAGGGGAUAUCCCAGCAGAAUGGGAAGCUUGGAUCAGAAGAACGAGAAAAACUCCACCUACUAUGGAGGAAAUACUAAAGAAUGAAAAAUAUAGAGAAGAAAUGCAGACAAAAAGCAAAGAUUUUUACAAAAAAGAAAAACUCAUUAGUGAAGAGAGCCACAAGGAACUCUUAGCUUCACCAGUUCAAACACAGAUUAAAGGACAUGCCUCUGCUCCAUACUUUGGAAAGGAAGAACCCUCAGUGGCUCCCACCAGCACUGGUAAAACCUUUCAACCAGGAUCCUGGAUGCCACAAGACAGCAAGCACCACAAUCAGUGAAUGCACUGUGGUAAAGUCAUUUCAUUUAUAUGUAUGUAACUAUUUCAACAAAUAAAAGUAAAAAAGUUAUUUUGUAUUUUC